CGAGGCGGCGCCCGCGCUGGACUUCAGCGCGCUCCAGAGGGCGGGCUACGGCGCCGGCGACGAGGAGGCGGAGCGCUCCGCGGCCGAGGCGUCGCUCCGAGGCUCCUUCGCCGCGCUGGAGAAGGAGGUGGAGGAUAACAAGCCGAAGAUGCCUACCCCCGAGAAGGCCAAGACGAGGAUCCAGGAGGCCUACGACAAAGCAGGCUGCGAGCUGCCCCCGGACUCGGUCGAGAUCUUCGAUGAGUCUGGCCGGCCUCAGCCGGAGCCCUGGCUCACGUUCGACGAGUGCGAGGAGAAGCUGCACCCGCAGCUGGUCAAGGUGAUGCGGGACUCUGGCUUCAAGACACCCACGCCCAUCCAGGCGC